CACAUCCAGCUGUCUGUGGGACCCUCCACCUGGAUGAGUCACAAGCACAUCAACCUGAGAGGAUCCAAAACCACUUACCCUCUCCUGGCAAACCUGCAACCCCAUCCGUGUCCCUUAUUCUAAAAAUGGUGUCACCACCCGCCUAGAUGCCCAUGCCAAGAGCACCUUAGUCAUUGUGCCUCCUCCUUCUCCCCUUCUUACGUACAGCGUCCAAGUCUUGCUGAGUGUAUUACCUCCUCCACACCCCUGGAGUUUGUCCGCCUCUCUGAAUGCCCACCUCCACCACUAUUGGUCCAGCUCUUACAUGGUCCCCCUCCUAGUCACCUGACCUUCCCACCCCAGGCUCACCCUGUUUUGCCUGGGCCUCUCCCAGCCUGUUCCAGACACUGAUCAUGUCACUUGCCUGCUUUUCCGUCACCUGCACGACUCUUAGUUUGGGUCUGGGUCCUGUGACGUGUCAUCCCGCUUCCUCUCUCCUUGACCUCCCUGUUCCUGAAUGCAUGCCGUGGUUGCCUGGCUAACUCCUUUUCACCCUCAGGCCGAGGAACAGGUGUCACUUCCAUAGAGCCAAGGGUCUCCUCCCAGCCCCCCAGGCCCCAGCUGCCACUCUCCAUGGCAGGGUUAUUGGCUCAGGGAUCUCUAAACGGUGAGCUUUUUCAGAAAGAGCCUCGAUCUCCUUUGCUAGUAUGCCUCUGUCUCCCCAGGGCUAGCGGUGCCAGGUAACUGGUGGGUGAUUAAUAGGUGUUUGGAUGGAUACUUAGCUCCCUCCCAUGUGACUGUCUGCUUAGGCACUCUGCGCUGCUCUGGGCCAGGAAUCUUGCCCCUUCUUCCAUCUCUUCACAGCAUCCCUCUGGCGCGUGGUGCUGCAGAGACGUUUACUUAAAGAGAAUGAGUGUGUACCAAGGCAAGGGACCCCACCCUUCUCCAGGGUUUCCAAGGGUAGCUUAGCGUCUAACAAAACCUGCCCCAUGUAUUUUUAGCUUCUGGCAGGCAUAAGGUUUACUCCUUAUCUGUCUGCCAGUUAGCAAGCCUUGGGGUGAGUGCUCUUCCCGAAAUGCAGAGGCCGAGUGUGAUGGGAGUGCGGUGGGCAUCAGCGGUGCCCGUCAGUCACCCCUCUCCCCCGGAGUUUUGUAGCCUCAGACCAGGGAGGGACCUCGGAGCUGGGCAAGCUGCGGGCCUGGAGGACAGAGACGUGUGAGGAACCCAGCACACCACCGCCCCGCCCGCCCCGCUGUCCCCGCUGCCAGCCCCCCACACCCGCUGCGCUGCCGGAUGACCCGUGGCCCCGGGGAGGGCGCAGCGGGGAGCGCGGGCCUGGGGCUGCGGGGGUGCCGCGCAGCGGGGGCGGCGGGUCGGAGGCGGGGGCGCCCGGCUUCCCCGCCCCUCGCGGCCGCUCCCUCCCGCUCGCCGCCUACUUAACCUGGCCCGCGGCGGCGGCGCUCUCACUUCCCGAGGUCCGCGUCCUCUCGCUCCAUGGCGCUCCUCCUGCGGCUGCUGCCCCUCGCCCUGGCGCUGGCCCUGGGCCCCGCCGCCACCCUGGCGGGCCCCGCCAAGUCGCCCUACCAGCUGGUGCUGCAGCACAGCCGGCUCCGGGGCCGCCAACACGGCCCCAACGUGUGUGCUGUGCAGAAGCUCAUCGGCACCAACAAGAAGUACUUCACCAACUGCAAGCAGUGGUACCAGAGGAAGAUCUGUGGCAAAUCAACAGUCAUCAGCUAUGAGUGCUGCCCUGGGUACGAGAAGGUGCCAGGAGAGAAGGGCUGUCCUGCAGCCCUACCUCUCUCAAACCUUUACGAGACCCUGGGAGUCGUCGGCUCGACCACCACCCAGCUGUACACAGACCGCACAGAGAAGCUGAGGCCCGAGAUGGAAGGGCCAGGCAGCUUCACCAUCUUCGCCCCCAGCAACGAGGCCUGGGCUUCCUUGCCAGCUGAAGUGCUGGACUCCCUGGUGAGCAACGUCAACAUCGAGCUCCUCAAUGCCCUUCGCUACCACAUGGUGAACAGACGAGUCCUGACGGAUGAGCUGAAACACGGCAUGGCCCUCACCUCCAUGUACCAGAAUUCGGACAUCCAGAUCCACCACUAUCCCAAUGGGAUCGUGACCGUCAACUGUGCUCGGCUGCUGAAAGCUGACCACCACGCAACCAAUGGUGUGGUGCACCUCAUCGAUAAGGUCAUCUCCACAGUCACCAACAACAUUCAGCAGAUCAUCGAGAUCGAGGACACCUUCGAGACCCUUCGGGCCGCCGUGGCUGCCUCUGGGCUCAACACACUGCUUGAAGGUGAUGGCCAGUUCACGCUGUUGGCCCCGACCAAUGAGGCCUUCGAGAAGAUCCCUGCUGAAACCUUGAACCGGAUCCUGGGUGACCCAGAGGCCCUGAGAGACCUGCUGAACAACCACAUCCUGAAGUCAGCCAUGUGUGCUGAAGCCAUCGUCGCAGGGAUGUCCGUGGAGACCCUGGAGGGCACUACGCUGGAGGUGGGCUGCAGCGGUGACAUGCUCACCAUCAACGGGAGGGCCAUCAUCUCCAACAAAGACAUCCUGGCCACCAAUGGUGUGAUCCACUACAUCGAUGAGCUGCUCAUCCCAGACUCAGCCAAGACGCUGUUUGAGUUGGCUGCAGAGUCGGACGUUUCCACAGCUGUUGACCUUUUCAGACAAGCUGGCCUCGGCACUCAUCUCUCUGGAAACGAGCGGGUGACCCUCCUGGCCCCCCUGAAUUCCGUGUUCAAAGAUGGAACCCCUAACGUUGAUGCGCGCACAAAGAAUUUGCUUCUCAAUCACUUGAUUAAAGAGCAGCUGGCCUCCAAGUAUCUGUACCAUGGACAGACCCUCAACACUCUAGGUGGCAAAAAACUGAGAGUUUUUGUUUAUCGCAAUAGCCUGUGCAUCGAGAACAGCUGCAUUGCCGCCCAUGACAAGAGGGGCAGGUAUGGGACACUCUUCACCAUGGACCGAAUGCUAACCCCCCCAAUGGGGACCGUCAUGGAUGUCCUAAAGGGGGACAAUCGCUUCAGCAUGCUGGUGGCCGCCAUCCAGUCUGCAGGGCUGACAGAGAUGCUCAACAGGGAAGGCGUCUACACGGUCUUUGCUCCUACAAAUGAAGCCUUCCAGGCCAUGCCACCAGGAGAGCUCAACAAACUCCUGGGCAAUGCUAAAGAGCUUGCCAACAUCCUGAAAUACCACAUUGGCGAUGAGAUCCUGGUCAGCGGAGGCAUCGGAUCCCUCGUGCGGCUGAAGUCUCUCCAGGGGGACAAGCUGGAAAUCAGCUCAAAAAACAAUGUAGUGAAUGUGAAUAAGGAGCCUGUUGCUGAAGCUGACAUUAUGGCCACAAAUGGCGUGGUCUAUGCCAUCUCUAAUGUCCUGCAGCCUCCAGCCAUCAGACCUCAGGAACGAGGGGAUGAACUUGCAGACUCUGCACUUGAAAUCUUCAAACAGGCAUCUGCAUAUUCCAGGGCUGCCCGGACCUCUGUGAAACUAGCUCCUGUCUAUCAGCGGCUAUUAGAGAGGAUGAAGCAUUAGUGCGGAAGAUGUAGGAAGAACGCACUUCGGCAGCUCCCUGCCACUUUCUCUGAGUUUACCAAAGAGACUGAAUGUUUUUGAAACCAAAUAUCACACACACUUCAGUGUAUCUGGGCGGCACCAUAAUGAGAUCUGAGCCCUGGGUGGGUGGAGGGAGGAGAGAAAGAGAUGUCCUUUAAAUUGUUUUCCCCCCACACGCGGCUGGUAACCUACUCCAUGCAGAGACCUGGAUGUCACUGCCUGAGAGUCGCUUCCAAAAAGGCCCUGUCCCAAACGUGGAAUUUCCUGCCCGUGCCAAGUGCUCUGGAAAAGGGAGCUGAGGUUUUGUGGAGCUCACAAAACAUGAAUCACGCGCUCCAGCAUCCUGGGGGGGCGGGGGGGGGGGGUCUCUGUAAAGCUCUUUUGCAACUGGAGAAAUGGCAUCAUUAUAAGCUAUGAGCUGGAACUGCUCUGUCCAGCGUGUCUCGUGCCUGCACGUGGUUUGGACACUUCUUUGUGGCCCUGUCCAGGUAGGAAAGAGAGGGCAGGUGGAAAACGCAGAGCCCAGGAUUUCCCAGGUGUGGCAGAGCCAUCGUGUGUUGGUGAAAAUAAAACCAAAGGAACAUG